AUGCCUACCUUCAAAGCCAACGAUGGAAUCACACUUGCCUACGAAACACACGGAUCUGACAAAAACACCCCUCUGAUUCUACUCCAUGGCUUCACAGGCUCUGGGGCCGUCUUCAAGCGCAACAUCACCGCCCUCUCGCAGCACCACUAUGUCAUAAUCCCCAAUCUCCGGGGCCAUGGCAGCUCCGACAAACCCAAAGCCGGCUACCACGUCUCGCGCCUAGCCAUGGACCUCAAAAACCUACUCGACCACUUCAAUCUCAGCAAUGCCGCUGUGAAAGCCAUUGGCACAAGUCUCGGCGCAGCGAUCCUCUGGUCCUACACCGAACUCUUCACUACAUCCCCCUUUUCCCACAUGAUCUUCGUGGAUCAAGCCCCCUUGCAGAAUUACCUCGACGACUGGGGCCCAUCGUUUGGAAACCGCGGAUGUAACUCCCCAGAUGCCCUUUUAGCGAUGCAGAAAUCGUUGAUUCACGAGCCGGAAAAGGCGCAUGUGGGGACGAUUGCCGCCUGUCUGGGGUAUAGAUCGCACCCGCGGUCUGGGGAUCCAACGCCAGAGUCGCAGGUUUGGAAGGAGGAUGAAGAGUUCUUUUUGGGAGAGGCGAUGAAGGGAGACGGGUGGUGGUAUGGCAAGUUGAUGGCGGAUCAUACGGCGAAUGAUUGGCGGUAUUCGAUUGCGCAGAAUUUUGGACCGGGGAGUAAGAGUGCGACGCGGGUGCUGGUGGUUGCGAGUAGUAGGAGUGGAUGUUUCCCGGCUGAUGGUCCAUUGAAGGUUGUUGAGCUGAUCAAUGGAGGGAAGGAUGAGGGUUUUGCGAAGGGAGUGACGGUGGAAUGGGGUGGGCACUGGUGUUACUGGGAGAAGCCUGAGCUGUUCAACGAGCUUGUGCUUGAAUUUUUGCAGUAG